UUGUUUUUUUAGCGUGGUUUUGUGCGAAUGGGGAGUGAGGCACUUGUUGUGAUCCACCUUCGAUUACACUUAUUCGUAUGAUACUGUAAAAUCAUUGUUUUAUUAUACUAGUGAUUCGUGAGUACUCGUGUAAUAAUCCCUUACAUGAUACACCGUGUCUUGUCCCGUGAAGUACUCGCGUCGACCAAGCAAUAUAUCGCUGCCGACCUGAAGCACGUUUUCCGCACUGCCGAAAGCGUGUCGGAGAAUAAAUACAAGCCGUUAACAAUUUGAAGUUGCACCAUGUUCUCUGUAUUGGUGUCUUGUGGUACAUAUGAUGGUAGUGUUUUUACGUUAGAAUAUCUCCAUGAUACUAUUGAUACUGCGGGUCCGAAACUGUUAAAACCACUAUUCAUCGACCCUACAGCACAUCCAUCGCCGGUCACAACAGUAGCUACCAAAGACGAUGUGGUUAUUUCUGGAAGUAGCGAUGAAAUUAUUCAGGUAUUUUCAGUACACACAAAAACUCGUGUAGGUGCACUCGAGAUGCAUGUUGGGACCAUAAGACAGCUUAAGUUUAUUACAGAAUCGCAUGACUCGACGUGCUGUCAUUUCUUCAGUGCUGGUGAUGAUGGAUGUAUUGGCAUCUGGCGUUGCGAAACCCCAGGAGGUAAACUUACCAAAUGCCCACACCCAUCAGCUUGGGAGUGUAUUCGUCAAAUUCGUCGCCAUAAAGGGUCAGUCCAAAGUAUAGCAGUGCAUCCUUCCAAUCGCUGUCUUUUCUCCAUCAGUGCAGACAAAACGUUUCGUGUUUGGAAUCUACUUCGUGGUCGACAGGCUUAUGCUGUUAGACUGAAAAAUCUGGCAAACGAGGCAAAUAAAAUCUCAAUGUCACCAACUGGUAACCGUCUUCUUUUUAUUUGGCCAAAUAAAUUCGAAAUGAUUGAUCUUGUCAGCGAAUCGCAGACAAGUCCCGAUACUAUCAAAAAUGAAGCUUUCAUCCUUGGCAGCGUCCAGUUUUCUAAUCCCCCUACUUCAGACCCUACUUUCUUCAGUGAAGAUGAUGAACUCUGUAAUCAAAAGUCUUCAGACCCCCUGUUUGCAUAUGUAAUGGUUGGCAUUGACGCAUCACUUACUUUGAUAAAAUUCAACGUUCGAAAUAACGCGUCGGAUUCAUGGACACCUAAAAUUACAAGCAAAGUAGUUUUGCCGGGUAAACGAAUCAAAUUUAUUCAAGUUCUACACUGGCCAUCUCAUCUGGAAGAGAAAGAACCAAUGUGCUCUGGACGUAGUCGGUUGGUAGUAGUUGUUACGACAGAAGCCGAUGGUAGCCAUGUACGCGGUUAUGCUGUAAACCUCAAUUCGACGGACGUCCUUGAGCCAGGAAAGUCAUUCAUCCCUUUGUUCACAUAUGACAUCCCAAGCGCUCGAAUUACCGCCCUAGCUGCCACCUGGACUUCAACAAAUUACAUGCAUCAUUCGAAAGUAUGAAGAUAAAAUUAAUCCCUAGUGAAAUCGAUUUUGAAUGACAUCUACCUGUACAUUUAUUAUGUAAAUAAAAUCUCGUGAUUUUCCGAUUUCAUCAGUAUUAAUUACAUCCAAAUCAUUGAACAUGUAGCCUAACAACGACGUAGAUUGCCGAACGUACGCAAAAGUCGACACGUCCUAACUACAUAUAUGUGACAGCGGAAACUGCUGUUUAAUAGCAUUGCGCUGUAGUGGCUGAUGAAAUAAACAAGAAAACUACGUGCCUGAGACACUGAUACUCUUGAAUCUAUGCACUAUGUUUUGCAUAUUGUAAUGAUUCAAACAUUCCGAACCCAAACAGAUCUGUAGCUAAACCACUCCUUGCCUCUCGGGAUUUGGUCACAUGCAAUCGACUUGCUGACGAUUCUUUGAGCUAAGUGCAGUGUUUGCUGCAAAAUUGGGGCUUUUUUAUAACCAAAUAGAUGUACUAGGCGUCUAUUCAUUAUACCGAGCUUCCUUCAAUCAUGGACAAAUAUCAAGAACUAGAUGGAAUGUGCACGUGUUUGUUAUUGAACCAUGUUCAAAUGAAGUAUGUUUUCCCGCACCAGUUUACAAUUGCUAUUAAAAAGCAUCAAAGGCGUUUCUAACGUAUAUUUAUGUCGAGGAUAUUAAAUACAGAAUCCAUUGUUGGCGUUUACAAUAAAUUAAGUAACCUGCGUUAUAGUAAAACAAAUUACUUUGGAAGAUUCGCAGCUUUUCUGAAUUCAUACUGAGUAGACCCAACUUUCCAUUUUGGGAACUAAUUACCCUAAAAAAGAACUACAAAUUCAUACACUCAAAGAAAUAUAGCUAUUAUAUUUAGCUAUGUUGCGUUUCAAAAUAUCUGAACACGGACCCAUGACACGCUCAAAUCGUUUGCGGUCAAGUUUCACGCAACGUAGAGUACCUUGGGCAACAACAGUUGCUGCACGUGGUCGAUCAAGCAGUAAAGCAAUCUCACCUAUGUAAAGUAAAUUUGAAAAGUAAAAUAAGUGCGUAGAAAAUUAAUGAUAUAUUUAAUUUUAACAGAAAUUGCUAACAGUACGACUUUUUACGGUGUUAUUAUAUAA